AGCGUCCCCGUCCUCUCCGGCAGCCCCGGCCCAGCCCGGCCCCUUCCAGCCGCGGCCGCGUCGUUCCGGGGAACGCUUUGUGCGGCGGACCCAUGGCGGCCGGGCGGCCUGGGGUGGAUCUCCGUUCUCUGCUGUGGUAGCUGAGAGGAGCAGCUCAUCAUGCCGACGGUGGUGGUGAUGGACGUGUCGCUCUCCAUGACUCGGCCGGUGUCGGUGGAGGGCUCCGAGGAGUACCAGCGGAAACACCUGGCGGUCCACGGCCUGACCAUGCUCUUCGAGCACAUGGCGACCAACUACAAGCUGGAGUUCACAGCCUUGGUGGUGUUUUCGUCGCUCUGGGAGCUGAUGGUGCCAUUUACAAGAGAUUACAACACGCUGCAGGAAGCUCUAAGUAACAUGGAUGAUUACGACAAAACCUGUUUAGAGUCAGCACUGCUUGGGGUUUGCAAUAUUGUUCAACAAGAAUGGGGUGCAGCAAUUCCUUGCCAGGUUGUUCUCGUCACUGAUGGCUGCUUGGGGAUCGGCAGAGGCUCUCUACGACACUCACUAGCUACUCACAACCAGAGGAGUGAAAGCAACCGAUUUCCACUGCCUUUCCCAUUCCCGUCCAAGUUGUAUGUCAUGUGCAUGGCAAAUCUUGAAGAGCUUCAGAGCACGGAUUCCUUGGACUGCCUGGAACGGCUCAUAGAUUUAAACAAUGGGGAAGGGCAGAUUUUUACCAUUGAUGGACCACUUUGCCUGAAGAAUGUCCAGUCUAUGUUUGGAAAGCUAAUAGACCUGGCUUAUACACCAUUCCAUGCUGUUCUCAAGUGUGGCCACUUAACAUCUGAUGUGCAAGUAUUUCCCAGACCAGAACCUUUCAUUAUAGAUGAGGAAAUAGACCCCAUUCCUAAAGCAAUUAAUACAGAUCUAGAAAUUGUUGGUUUUGUAGAUAUAGCUGACAUUUCUAGCCCUCCUGUCUUAUCCAGACACUUGGUGCUGCCUAUUGCACUUAACAGAGAAGGUGAUGAGGUGGGACCUGGGAUCACAGACGACACCGAAGAUGAGAAUUCAGCUAAUCAGAUUGCUGGGAAAAUCCCCAACUUCUGUGUUUUGUUACAUGGGAGCCUGAAAGUGGAAGGCAUGGUGGCUGUCGUCCAGUUGGGGCCAGAGUGGUAUGGAAUGCUCUAUUCACAAGCUGAUAGCAAGAAGAAAUCAAACCUCAUGAUGUCACUCUUUGAACCUGGUCCCGAGCCCCUUCCGUGGCUUGGGAAGAUGGCACAGCUUGGACCUAUUUCAGAUGCAAAAGAAAAUCCAUAUGGAGAUGAUGACAAUAAGAGCCCUUUUCCCUUGCAACCCAAGAACAAGCGCAGUUAUGCACAGAAUGUUACUGUAUGGAUUAAACCGAGUGGCCUCCAGACUGAUGUACAGAAGAUCUUGAGAAAUGCAAGGAAACUCCCUGAAAAAACUCAAACCUUCUAUAAGGAACUUAACCGUUUACGCAAGGCAGCUCUGGCCUUUGGCUUUUUGGACCUCUUGAAAGGUGUGGCAGACAUGCUGGAGCGGGAGUGCACCCUGCUUCCUGACACAGCUCAUCCUGAUGCAGCGUUUCAGCUCACGCAUGCUGCUCAGCAGCUUAAAGUGGCAAGUACUGGGGCUUCCGAAUACGCUGCCUAUGAUCAUAACAUUGCUCCACUGCAGACAGACUUUCCCAGUACCGGCACUGAAAGAAUGUGAAGUCUCCAAUUUGGGAACUUCUACAGAUUAAGACUCAAAGUGUUCACAUUUUCUUGUCCUGUUUACUUUCUAGGGCCUCUUUAAUUACAGGUUGGAGAACUUCCUAUUGAAACAGGGGCCCUUUACUUGCAUCAGUGCUUUCUUAAGUGUAGUUAGUCUGUGGUGGCUUCAGUCAGGCCUGGAAACUAGAACGUGUCCCACGGUUGGUUACUGUAGUGGAUGAUGGGUGGAAAUUACUUAGUACAUGUGAGGAGAGAGAGAAAAUGCCAUCACAGGCCUCACUCCUUGUGGCUUUUGGCCUCCCAAGACUCCGAAGAACGUGGUUACUAGAUAACUGAAAUCACUGGUAAAAGUGUCCUAAAAGGCAGCUACUAUUAUUUUAUACAUGGAUUUGAUCAGUCCAAAGAAAACGUGUGAGAAUCACUCUGCAAAUUCAGAUACAGAGCUAAUUUCAGGGUGUUGUCACUGAUCAUGUGCCCACCGUGAAAGCUAGCCUGUACUGCAGUAAUGAACAUUAUCACUGGCACUGCAGUGCUGAUACUUGUGAAAGUAACUUAAUCUUUUGAGACAAUUUUUUUUAUUUGUGUAAUAUUAAUAAAGAGUAAUUCUUCAGGAAAACUUAAGUUGGCUUUGUUCCAUUUUCAUAGCAACGUUACUGGGUGCAUGCUUAGGCAUGCACAGGCCUAAAACAUCGACCUGGUGAUGGUUGGAUGUCAGCUCUUUAUCAUGAGCAUUGAGAAAUUAUACAACUUAAUGCAUUCAGGAAAAGAGCAAAUAACUGAACUUAAAGCAAAAUUCGGUUGUAAAUCUUUAUUAAUAGAAACACAUUCUUUCUGAAGGACUAAAACUCAGUAGUGUAAGAUCCAUUACAGCUCGCACUAGGUACCACAAUUUCACUGAGAAGUAUCAUGUAUGAGUACAUAUGGAUUUAUAACAGAAGUUUAAAUGCCCAGUAAUUAAAGUAUGAAAGUGAUCUUUGCUGUUCCAAGUCAGCUAAUUCAGUCCUUUGACAUACUUCAAACAUAGGUACAGUGUGUGCUGUAGUGAAAGUGUGUAAAUUACGCUCAGCUCUUUUGAGAAAGUUACCUGCACUCUUCUUUGCAACUGAGCCUCAAGUACCUCUAAAGAGAAAUUGCAUCAUGCCUCUUGUUGACAAAACACAAUUGUGAAAUGCAGUGUGGAGCUUGUACCAGCUCUUUGUUAUAAUCUCUUUUUAACAUUAUUUUCCUUCCUUUACAGUAACAAUCACUGGGGCCAUGUCCCAAAUAGUAAGCUGUUUGUUACCUUUAAGUAUAGAAAAUAACUUUCUGGAGGAUUCAUGUCAUUUUACAGUAGAAAAAGAUAAUGCAAGUAGUAAGAUGGCACUAUGCUAAUCUCAGCUCCAGUGCCUGAUCUGGAUUGCUGGCUUUACUUUGCAUUUCCCUGGGGGAAGCAGCAGUUGUGAAGCAACCUGUUCAUAACCCCAACGUGGUUUUAGAGGAUGCUGGCAGUGUACUUUCUAAACUUCAUUAAAGGGGCCAGAGGGGUCUGGAAUCAAUUGGAGGAGGCUAGGUGUCAGAAGGGCAUGCUGAAAUGAAGUCAACUGAAAUGAAGGUUUCCAGGUGAGAGACGGCAUGACCUGGAGUGGGAGGGGAACAGAUCUUGUUGUUGUUAUUUAAAGCAAGCACAGAGGAAAUAGGGUCCCUUCAAGCCCUAUGCAGGAGCUCCCUUACUGAGAUUUGAUCUAUGAUAUCACAACAAUAGAUGAUUUAUUUGACCCACCACCUCCAUCCCAACAGGGAACAGCCAAAAAGCAGAUGUUCAUUAGCUGUACCCCUAAGUUUUAAUUAGAAAAGCAGUCGUUGUUGCCUUUCCAAAGGCUAUAAAUACAGGGGCUACAGCCCUGGCAGGAAUGAUCAGAGGUGUUCAGUCUCCCAGAGCAGUUCCAGAUUUUCCCUUUGCACGAGUGGGAGGGAGUUGUUCUGGGAUUCACAUGCUAGGAGAAAGCUGGUACCUGUGUUUCCUUGUUUCCUUAUUUUUCAGUGCUUGCAUUAUCAAUCAGGAAAGCAUUUCUGACUAUGGGACAGAGCAGCAGCUUCCUUUUCCUGCUGACUGCUGCUACAGGUAUAUGGGUGUUGCUAUGCGCCACACAAUGUCCCUGUUCCGUUCAGGCUAAACUAGAAACAGAUUAAAUUGGUAUGUAGCAUUUAAAUUGACAUCAGCCAGCUACUUCUGGUUUUAAUUCUGCAACAUCAGUAGGCUGCCUAAGAAAAGGGGGUGCGAGGGCUGAGCAAGUUUACCCCUACCGUUAAUGUACACCCAGACACUGUUGACAGUGGUCUCAGACUGUGCUCCUCGUGCCAUCACAAAGCCCCCCAGGAAGAGCAUGGGCCAGCCAGUAGUAUAUCCCAACAUCAGAAGCCUUAUCUGCAUGCAAUAUUGAAAGAGCAAAUAUCCAAUUAAAAGAUAAACGCUAUUUCUAUUCAGUGCUGCUCCACUGUUUAUAAGCAUAUUAUAUGCAGAUAAUUGCAGAUAAUAGGAUUUCUUCCUAAUACGGCAGUUCAUAGGAUACACGUUUAAAUGUAACCGUUCAAUGGUAAAUGUCAUGCAUACAUAUGAUUGAAAGGGAACAAAAUACAGUAUAUGGGAAUGUUACCUGAAUUCACUAUGAAAUUAUGGAAUAGAGUAUGAUCAUUUAAUUUUACAAAAUUCUUUAAAUUACAGUGGGUAAAACCGUAAGAAUUAGAGGCUUAUCUUUUCAUUGAGAUAAGUUAAAUAAGAAAGCAGUGCAGUCCUUCUUUACUUCAUCUUUCUCUUCUUUGGUCCAAGGUGCUGUUUCCUUUGCUUGUAGAGAUAACGGAAGUUUACAAAUAUCCCU